CCCACACCUUGCUUCCUUCGACAAUAACGUUAUAUGCGAUACAACUGCUUCAUCUGAGAUCGAACAAGUCGAACAGCAACCAAGAGAAGCCACAAUCACGACCCCGCCACCAUGUCUGCCGGAGAAGUGCUCAAGGCCGACAAGGACUUUACCAAGGAAGCCGAUGCGGCGAUUCCGGAGGCGGAGAAGCUAGCUUCUAGCAAUCCCCAAGCUGGAAUCGAUAAGCUGCUCGCGCUCGAGAAGCAGACCCGUCAGGCUUCCGACCUCGCUUCGACCUCCAGAGUGAUAAUCGCCAUUGUCACAAUAGCAAAGAAUGCAAAGGAUUGGAACCUGAUGAACGAGCAGGUCCUGCUCCUCUCCAAGAAGCAUGGACAGCUCAAGCAGGCGACAACCAAGAUGGUUCAGACCGUCAUGGGAUUCUUGGACGAAACACCAAAUCUGGAGACAAAGUUAUCGGUCAUCGAGACAUUGCGCACUGUCACCGAGGGCAAGAUCUUUGUCGAAGUCGAGCGAGCUCGAGUAACGCGCAUACUUUCCAACAUCAAGAAGGAGCAGGGUGAUAUCGAUGCUGCGACAGAUAUUCUUUGCGAGCUUCAAGUCGAGACCUUUGGCUCUAUGACCCGACGUGAGAAGACCGAGUUCAUCCUACAACAAGUGGCGCUGUGCAUACAAAAGGGUGACUGGACACAGGCUGGUAUUCUCAGCAGGAAGAUCAGUACAAGGUACUUUGCAAGGAAACCGAAGAAGACACCUGAGCAGCUUGAGAAGGAGCGCAAGGAGCGUGAAGAGGCGGAGAAGAACCGAAGCGUCGAUGAUCCUCCUAUUGAGCCAGAGGACGACGUGACGGACUUGAAGCUCAAGUACUACGAACAGCAGAUCCUCUUGGCCAAGCACGACGACAAGUACCUCGACGUCUGCAAGCACUACCGACAGGUCCUGGAUACAGAGGCUGUUGAGGAGGACCCGAGCAAGCUUCGAGCGAUUCUUCAACGCGUCAUUUACUUCAUCAUCCUCGCGCCGUACGAUAACGAGCAAUCCGACCUUAUCCACCGUAUCCAGCGCGACUCGCGCAACACCCUGAUCCCACAAGAUGCACAAUUAGUGAAGCUCUUCACUGUCCCUGAGCUCAUGAGGUGGCCAAUGGUAGCCAAGCAGUUCGGCCCUCACCUCACAGAGACGGACGUGUUUGAUGCCGAAAAGGGCGAUUCAGAUGAUCCAAAGGCGUUCCAGAGGUGGCAGGAUCUACGAAAGCGCGUCAUCGAGCACAAUGUUCGUGUUGUCGCAAAGUACUACACACGCAUCCAGAUCCCGCGCCUUACAGAGCUCCUGGACCUGACCGAGGACGAAACAGAGAAGAACAUCAGCGAGCUGGUGUCUGCCAAGACCAUCUAUGCUAAAAUCGAUCGACCUGCUCGCAUCGUCACCUUUUCGCGGCCCAGGGAUGCUGAUGACGUACUGAACGAGUGGAGUAGUAAUAUGAAGAGCUUGCUCGGUUUGCUUGAGCGUGUUGACCAUCUGAUUACCAAGGAGGAGAUGAUGGCGCGUAUUCAGCCAACCAAGGUGGACAAGAGCAAGGCGAUUAAGGGUAAAGCGAAAUAAGAGUCGUGGAGGCCCUCGGGUAUUGGCUGUUUUGAGCGUGCCGGCAGGUGGUGUUACGGCCGAUGAAUGCUUAGCACUGAUGAUACACGAAAAAGACCCAUGAUUAGUCUAGAUAUUGGUGAGCUUAGGGCUCUGCGCAAGCUGCGUAUGUAUAAUAGACGUUCAACCAAAUU